AAUAUACAUACAGACGUUCACAAAAACCUAUAUAAACCUUGCAGUACUUGUACAUCCUCUCAGCCUUCCUUCGUCUUUGCUUCCCAUCGUCGACAAAACGCCGCCGUUUCUUUCGUUAACCCCAACUUUCCGUAGCUGAGAAUUCCAAUUCCCCAACCAUGACGAAAUCGAAAAAGCUUAGAAAGAAUAAUGUAGAGAAUAAUGUAGAGGCCAUGGAACAAGGAUGGGCUAUUAUGGAAGAGGGCAUCGCUAAAUUGAAGAACAUUCUGGAAGAACUGGAAUCGCAAUUCAGUUCGGAAGAGUAUAUGAGGCUUUACACCACUAUGUUCAACCUGGCCGGCCGUAAUAACAUUGAUGAUGAUUAUAUUUGUCAGCAGCUCUACAACAACUACAAGGAAUCUGUUCAGGCGUAUAUCAUGUCAACGGUCAAUCCUUCUUUGCGAGACAAGCACGACGAAUUCAUGUUGAGGGAGCUUGUAAGACGAUGGAGUGACCAUAAAGUAAUGGUCAAGUGGCUUUCACGUUUCUUAUCCUAUCUCGACCGUUAUUUUGUAGUUAGGAAGAAAGUUGAAAGUGUUAAAGAUCUUGGGUUCAGCUGUUUCCGUGACAUGGCUUACGGAGAGGUGAAACACAAAGCCAAAGAUGCCGUCAUUGCAUUGAUUAAUAAAGAGCGCGAAGGAGGGCAGAUUGACAGGGCUUUAUUGAAGAAUGUGCUUGAUGUGUUUGUCGAAAUGGGGAAGGGAGAAAUUGAAUUCUACACAGAUGAUUUUGAAGAUGCUAUGCUUAAGGACACAGCUCAUUACUAUUCUCGAAAAGCAUCACAAUGGAUAUUUCAAGAUUCUUGUCCUGAUUACAUGCUAAAGGUGGAGGAGUGCUUGAAAACGGAAAAGAAUCGGGUUUCUCAUUACUUGCAUUCAAGCAGUGAGACAAAGCUUUUGGAGCAAGUUGAAAAUGAGUUGUUGGUAGUAUAUGCAAAUCAAUUGUUGGAGAAGGAGACUGGAUGCCGUGCUUUGCUCAGAGAUGAUAAGGUCGACGAGCUUUCAAGAAUGUACAGGCUAUUCCACAAUAUUCCCAAGGGAUUGGAAGAAGUUGCCAAAAUUUUCAAGGAGCAUGUCCAUUCUGAAGGUUUGAUGGCAAUCCAGAUGAUUGAAGAUGCUACCUGUAACAAGACCGAAAAAGCUGGUGGAGCACGCGGGGAGCAUGCACUUAUGACAACAUUCAUCGAGCUUCACAACAAGUAUUCUGCGUACACGACUGGUUGCUUUUGCAACAACGCCGUUUUACACAAGGCACUCAAGCAAGCUUUUGAGUCCUUUUGCAAUCAAGUUGUUUGUGGCACCUCAAAUGCGGAUCAUUUGGCUUCGUACUGCGAUUAUAUUCUCAAGAAGGGUGGAAGUGAAAAGAUAAGUGACGAAGCUAUCGAUGAAAGUAUGGAUAAGAUUGUGAAGCUCCUUGCUUACAUCAGCGACAAAGACCUUUUUGCCGAGUUCUCCAGGAAGAAGCUAUCACGUCGUCUUCUCUUUGAUAGAAAUGUUAAUGAUGACCAUGAAAGACUUUUUUUGACAAAGUUGAAGCAGCAGUGUGGCGGUCAGUUUACUUCAAAGAUGGAGGGAAUGGUUACGGAUUUAGCAUUGGCAAAGGAAAACCAGAAUCAGUUCCAUGAGUACCUUAUCAAUAAUAAUGCUGCAAUUCCUGGGAUGGAUCUGACCGUCAAUGUUCUCACUACCGGAUUUUGGCCGACUUAUAAAACUUGUGAUUUGCGCCUUCCGGCAGAAAUGGUGAAGUGCGUUCAGGUUUUCAAGGAACAUUACGAAGCGAAAACGAAACAUAGGAAGCUUACAUGGAUUUAUUCUUUGGGAACAUGCAGCAUAAACGGCAAAUUUGAUUCGAAAACGAUCGAGCUAGUAGUAGGGACUUACCAGGGGGCUGUGUUGCUGCUAUUUAAUGAUGCCCAGAGAUUGAGCUAUUCGGAUAUCAAGACUCAAUUAAAUUUUGAGGACGACGAUUUAAUGAGAGUGCUUCACUCGCUUUCUUGCAGCAAGUACAAGAUUUUAAAGAAGGAUCCCGAUUCUAAAUUCGUCUCGCCAAAUGAUUAUUUCGAGUUCAACUCCAAGUUUACUGACAAAAUGAGGAGGAUCAGGAUACCUCUGCCCGUAGUGGACGAUAGGAAAAAGGUGAUUCAAGAUGUCGACAAUGACAGGCGUUAUUCAAUUGACGCUGCACUUGUGCGUAUAAUGAAAGGCCGUAAAAUUUUAGGCCAUCAACAACUAAUCCUUGAGUGUGUCGAAAUGUUGAGCAACAUGUUCAAACCUGAUGUUAAAGUAAUCAAAAAGAGGAUUGAAGAUCUGCUAGCAAGAGAUUACUUGGAAAGAGAUGCAGAAAACCCCAACCUAUACAAGUAUGUAGCUUGACAAGUAUUAGCUCGGGUAUUUCGACGAGUAGUAGCAUAAAUUAGAACUAGUUCUCGUUUUAGUCGAUUAUAUAUACAUGAUAAGAAUAGAUCAGUAGACAUUUCGUAAUCUUUUUGCAACAGUACAGUUAUAGAGUUUCCAGAAUUGAAGACAUAAAAAUUGAUUGAAAAAUUAAUGAGAGUUUUUUUUACAAGAAUAAAGUUACAACAGUUUUACAAAAUUUACAAAAAAUCACAGGAAACAAA